AAAUACCCAUAUUCUCAAAUACCCUUUAAUCUCAAAUACCCCUAUUCUCAAAUACCUUUUAAUCUCAAAUACCCUUUUAAUCUCAAAUACCCCUAUUCUCAAAAUACCUCUUUAAUCUCAAAUACCCCUAUUCUCAAAUAUUCUUUAUUCUCAAAUACCCCUAUUCUCAAAUACUCUUUUAAUCUCAAAUACCCAUAUUCUCAAAUACUAUUUAAUCUCAAAUACCCUAUUCUCAAAAUACCCCUAUUCUCAAAAUACCCCUUUAAUCUCAAAUACUCAUAUUUUCAAAUACUAUUUAAUCUCAAAUACUCCUAUUCUCAAAUACCCAUUUAAUCUCAAAUACCCUUAUUUUCAAAUACCCCUUUAAUCUCAAAUACUCCUAUUCUCAAAUACUCCUUUAAUCUCAAAUACCCAUUAAUCUCAAAUAUCCUUAAUCUCAAAUACUUAUUAAUCUAAAAUAUCCCUAAUCUCAAAUACCCUUUAAUCUCAAAUACCCCUAAUCUCAAAUACUAUUUAAUCCCAUAUACCCUUUAAUCUCAAAUAACUCUUAAUCCCAAAUACCUCUAAUUUCAAAUAUCCAUUAAUCGCAAAUAACCCUAACCUCGUAUACCCUUAUUCUCAAAUACCUUUUAAUCACUUAUACCCUCUAAACUCAAAUACAUUUUAAUCCCACAUCCUCUUAAUCUUAAAUACCCAUUAAUUUCAUAUACCCCUUAAUUCUAUAUACCCUUAAUGGCUUAAUCCCAAUACAUGUUUAACUUGAAACUUUGUUUAAAUUAGUUUCAAAGUUAAGUUUUCAUCGUAAAAGCUUUGAAAAGGGUUUAAUAAAAAGAAAACUGUUUUUUUCUUUUGAAAAAGCUCUGUGUUGACAAAAAGUGUUUGAACUAGAAAACAUCGCUGUACCGGAACUUGUUUUGCGAGAGAGAAUACAAAACUUGAAAAUCACCAAAACCAAAAUAAAAACUCAAAAAAGAGAAAAAAAAAUGGGUUCAAAAGCGUUACCACAAACGGAGGUUGAACCAGCUUUUAUCAUCUCUCCACCGGCGUAGGAUUGAUGAGUCGAAUCCACCGCAUUCGCGGCCAUAACCUAAAUCCUCAGUCCAUACAAAACCGCAACAAAACUAUCCCGACUCUAACAGCUGCGAAGCCAUGUUACAGAGAAUCAACAAAACUCGUGUGACCUAAUUUCGCCAUGUCCAAGAACACCAAUUGCCUUCAGCGAUAAGAAACCUCAACACACAAAAAAAGUUCGUUACUUUCUUAUGAUUAUCUAAUCUGAUGGAAGCAUCUAUUUAUAUAUUCAAAAAAAAAAGUAUUACCGUUACAGCAAUAGCUUCCGAGUCAAGCAAAGCGUGUCAACUCACCGGACACGAAACGAUGUUACAGAGAAUCAAGAAAACCCUUCUAACCUACUUCGCCAUAUUCAGAAGCAUCUGAACAGCGAAAAAGAUGAUACAGAGCAAGAUCCGAGUCAACUCAAUCCGACUCGAGAUCCAACACGGACAGAUCCACCACCAGUGUGCCACGGACUCUCAUCGGAGGGCUGUUGCUUGUCGAGAUUGGACCUGAAGCAUCGAGACAGGGCUUUGGUGGUCUCGUUUAACGAAGAAGAAGGAGCGAUGAACUUGUUGGAAGAAUAACACAGGGAACCGCUUAAGGUUUGAUCCUCAGUUCGCUCGUCUCCUAAGAUGAUGAGGAUCGGAAGGGGAUGAUUUAAAGAGUUCGUAUAAUUAUUCAUCUGAUGGGAGCGUUAAUAUAUAGAUUUUGAAUUUCAAAUGAAACAAAAAUAUUACCGUUAUUCACUCAAGUCGGUUCAAAAAAAAGUAACUUGUGCAUCAAGCAAGUAACUUUUGUGGGCUUGGCCUCUCUGUUUCUGAUGUGGCCCAAGGUGAUGACGUGUCACCUAACUAGACGCGGUGGCUAAUCAAAUAUCACCGAACCAUGUCUGUAAACUUCUCUCCAAUCUCACACCAUCGUGGAUGAUUUUUUUUCAAAUUGGGUAAUUACGAUGAUCUAGUUUUGAUUUGAUUGAUUUUGACUUUGUUUUGGGGAUUAUAGACUAGUCGUGCCACGGAAAAAGGUUACUGGGGAGAUUCGUAAUGGUUCGAGGGCCGUAAGACCAUGCGCAUCAGGGGCUUUAAACGGGUUCACGGGCCCGAGUUCUAAGGCCGGAGUGAUUAAAAAACAAAUAAAAAUGGGUUUGUAUCGAUGAAACGGGCCUUACGGUUGAUCCGCUAUGAAGCGGAUUUAGCCACGCGUCAUUUCCCGGUUGGACGAAACAAACCGCGUAGAGGGGGAGGAAAGACGAGUUUCCCCGUGUCUCUUCUCAUUUUCUCUUCUCGAAACAAAAGCUAGGGUUUGUUCUGUGAGAGGCGAUAAUACGAGCGACGCGGAGUCUUGCCGAUUUUCUCGUUCAAAUCGACGACGGAGAGUCUUCUCCACGACCUCUGGUGAGUAUCGAGUAGAUCGACGGUUUAAUUUCGUUGAAUUUGGUCGAAAUCGUUUAGUGAGAUUUGAUAUCAAUUUGGGGUUUUCGAGUUUCGGAUGUAAAUCGAUAACUGGGUUUCAAUUAAUUGAUGUAAAUCGACAUGCGCGUUUAAUUUUGGGUUUGUUUGUGUGAGAUUUCAAAUCGAUUAAGGGGUUUGGAGUUAGGGUUCUCCCUUGAUUCGUUGAUUCGUUUUAUAGUUUUAAUUCCUCAAGAGUGCUCGAUAUAGGGGUCGGUUUAGGAUAUUGUUUCGAUUAUAAUGUUCUAAUAUAUUCAGUUUCUUUCACAGAUGGAUCCCGCGGAUGAGAGAAGCCAUUCAAAGAGACAAAAGGAGUAUUUUGACAUGCUACAAUAUACUUGUGAUUCAGAAUAUGGGAUUCCUAGAAGGUGUUCCUGUGGUGGGAGAAUCAUCGACGAGGUUCGAGCCAAGGAGGAGUACGACACUCUUCCUGGGAAGAGGUUCUUCACGUGCGUCAACUACGAGGCUGAUGGGUUUCACUACCGUCAGCCUUGGGUGUUUGGUGUCCAGGAGCAGAUGGAACGCUUACUCAAGCGUCUUGAGGAGGCAGAGGAGGUGAUGAAGUGGGUGCCGAGUCUCAAAAACAAUAUUCAGACUCUGGAGGUGAGUUAAUGAGUUUGUAUAUCGUCUCCUAUUUUGCUGCAAUCACAAUUUAAUUAUUGUUUUUAUGUGCAGGCCGAGGCAAAAGGGCUGAGUGACCAGGUUGAUCGACUAACUGGGGAGGUUUACAACCUGACGGUGCAAGUUUCUGUGCUGGAGAAGCUCUGCUUCGACUAACAAGCAAAGGUAAACACUCAAUCUUAACUGAACUAGAACAGAACUGCAAGUAGAUGUUGGUUACCUCGUAGGUAGAAGUGAAUUAGGAUUGUAUUAGGUUGAGUAGAGCAUUAAAUGUUUAAAAAUGUUUCUGUUAAAAACUUUUAUAGUUUUUAAUAACUUUUCCAACUCUUAACUAGGUAGAGUACAACUCGUACUUGAUGUUUAAAAACUUAUCGAAAAUUUUUAAAGUGAUUUGAUGGGUAAUGAAUGGUAACUGUGAAUAAGUUGUUGUGUAAUUAAGUUAAGUAGUUGUGUAAUUUACUGCAGUAGUUGUUGUGUAAUAAAGCAAUGCGAAACUAGUUUAAAACAUAGGCAUUUCACUUCUAAAAACACAAACAAUCAAACCUUAAAAAUCACACAAACCUCUUAACAACAAACCUAAAUCACACAAUGGACCCUUUUUCCCUAAACUCUCACGGGUUUGUUAACUUGUUAGCUUCGCAGAGCAGUCCUACAAUAGACGUAGACUCUGCUGAGGCACCUGUUAGCUCUCUCGGGUUAGUUAAACCAGCGGAAAGGAGAAAGUGGACCACAAAAGAAGAUCUUGUGUUGAUUAGUGCUUGGUUGAACACCAGCAAAGAUCCGAUAAUUAGUAAUGAGCAGAAGUUAUGGGCUUUUUGGAAGAGAAUUGAGGCGUACUUCAAUGCUAGUCCUCAGCUCAUUGGCUCCAUUCCUAGAGAGUGGGGUCAAUGUAAGCAGAGGUGGGGAAGGGUGAAUGCGGAGGUUUGUAGGUUUGUGGGUUCCCAUGAGGCCGCUCUGAAGCAGCAAGCUAGUGGGCAAAGUGAAAAUGAUGUCAUGAAGGCGGCUCAUGACAUCUAUUUCAAUGAUUAUAAUGCCAAGUUUGCGCUUGAACAUUGCUGGAGGGAACUUCGGUUUGAUCAGAAGUGGAAGUCACACUCUCAGCCGAAGGAGAAAAAGAAGGAAUCUGGUGCGGAGCCGGUGUGUGAGGAGGCAGAGGUUAGGCCUCCAGGCAUUAAGGCUUGCAAAGCGGGGAAACGCAAGAAGCCAGACGACGUAGCUUAUGAUCAAAUACAUAGCAUCCUAGCUAAUAAAAACACCAUUUCCAGACAAAAGAUCCUUGAUCGUCUGCUAGUAAAGGACACACUUUCCCCUAGUGAAGAAGCUCUAAAGGAGAAACUCAUCUCUGAAAUGCUUUGACGUCUCAUGUGUAGGAACUUGUUUGAAUAUGAUUGAUUGAAUGUGUUGUGUAAUUGUUUUGAUUACAUUUUGAAUGUGUUCAUUGAACUUGUGUUUUCUUUUGCAGGUACCGGGUGGGAAAGCGUCUUCAAGUCACGGGUGUUGAAGGUGAAGGAAUCUCUUGUCUUUUCUCUGUUUGAAGCCACGGGUAUGAUGUCAGUUUUUAAUCACGGGUAGAAAGUGUAGCCUUUUGUUUCAUGCUACAUCUUUCAUGUACUAUGUAGUUGCUAAAUGUCAUUUCGACUCACGGAUGUUGAUUGUAAUGUUGCUGUUGAUUCACGGAUGGUUGUGUAAACUUAAACUCUCUCCCUUUAUAUAAAUGUAUUGUCUUUGCUUAUUGUACAGAACAAGCCAAACUUGAACUCUCUCCCUCGACAAACUUCUCUUCUAUUCUGUUCUUUCUCUUCUUUCUCUUCUUUAUGUCUCUCCAUACUCUCAUCUGUAACAACACACUUCGACAAACUUCUAUCUGAUCGUGGUGCUCUCCACAACUCAACAAGCUUCAAACCUUCACAACUGAACAACCUUCACAACCUCAACAAGCUUCACAACUCAACUUGCUUCAAACCACAACAACCUUCAAACACUCAACAACAAACUCAAGGUAAGUGAACAUAAUUUAUGAAAAAAAAAGUGAUGAAGUUGAUUAAUAUUAUUGAAUAAUGGGAAAAAAAAGAUUAGGAAAAAUAUGAGAGAAUUAAUAUAAAUGAAUAAUGAAAAAAAAAGUGAUGAAGUUGAUUAAUAUUAUUGAAUAAUGGAAAAAAAAAGAUUAGGAAAAAUAUGAGAGAAUAAUGGGAAAAAAAGUGAUGAAGUUGAUUAAUAUUAUUGAAUAAUGGGAAAAAAAAUUAGGAAAAAUAUGAUUGAAUAAUGGGAAAAAAAGUGAUGAAGUUGAUUAAUAUUAUUGAAUAAUGGGAAAAAAUAUGAUUGAAUAAUGGGAAAAAAAGUGAUGAAGUUGAUUAAUAUUAUUGAAUAAUGGGAAAAAAAAUAUGAUUAGGAAAAAUAUGAGAGAAUUAAUAUAAUUGAAUAAUGAAAAAAAAAGAUUAGGAAAAAUAUGAU